UUUUUUUUUUUUUUAACUCUUUAUUUUUCUCUCUCUUUUCUUCAGUUUUCUUUUUGCACACAACACAUCACACACGAAUCAAAUCACCACCACCACCACCAACACAUCAUCAUCAUCAUCACCAUCAUUAUCAUCAUCCAGUCUCUAUAAAAUGAUAUUAUGAUGAUGAUGUUUAAAUAAAUUUUGUUGUGAUGAUUGUGUUAAAAAAAAAACAAUAGUGUGUUCACCAGAUGCUGUUUUAAAAAAAUUGUAACAGCACAAGUAAAAGUAAUUAUUAUAAAGCCAUCAUCAAGAAUAUAAAUAGAACACAAAUGUAUUCUGUUAACUGACAACAAAAAGUUUAUAUUCAAAUAAAAAAAAAAAAUAAAAACAUACGUGGUUUUGGGGCGAGUAUUUUGCUCGGAGGGUAGCUUGCAGUAUGCACAGGAAUUUUAAUAUUGAAUUAUUAUGGCUACGGGUGAGGCUGCCGGGACGAAGCCUCGUCAGGAAAAGCAAUAUGACUAUUUGCUAAAAUUUUUACUUGUUGGUGACAGUGAUGUUGGUAAACAAGAAAUACUAAGUGGACUUGAAGAUGGUGCAUCUGAAUCACCAUUUUGCAGUGGCAGUGCUUACAAAACAACGACAAUAUUACUCGAUGGAAAAAGAGUUAAAUUACAAUUAUGGGAAACUUCUGGCCAAGGUAGACUUACAACAAUUAUUAGAUCAUAUUCAAGAGGUGCACAGGGUAUACUUUUGGUUUAUGACAUAACAAACAAAUGGUCUUUUGAUGGUAUUGAUAGAUGGUUAAAAGAAGUCGAAGAGCAUGCUCCAGGGGUACCAAAGGUUCUUGUUGGUAAUAGGCUUCAUUUGGCCUUCAAACGUCAAGUUGGUGAACGUGAUGCUGAGUCUUAUGCAGCUAAAAAUCGUAUGGCAUUUUUUGAAGUAUCACCACUUUGUGAUUUUAAUAUAAAAGAAAGUUUUUUGGAAUUAUCACGUAUGGCUCUUCAUCGUAAUGGAAUGGAAAGAUUAUGGCGUUCUAAUAAAGUAUUGAGUCUACAAGAAUUAUCAUGUCGUGCUAUUGUUGCAACAACAACUGUUUAUGGAAUUGAUCAAUUACCUCUUCCAACAUCAAUCAAGUCACAUUUAAAGUCAUAUGCAAUGACAGAAACAUCACAAUUACGCUGUAAUCGUUCACAAAAUUCAAGUAAAAGUCUUGGUUCACAUCAUCGAAAGUUAAGGUUUGUUGGUGCUGGACACAAUGGUAUGACAACACCUGGUAAUUCACCUGGCAGUAUAACAGACUCACGUUCUAGUUGCGCUGGUCGUAAUUCUUGCGCAAUAUCUUGAGGGUAAGAAAAUUAAUAAUAAUAAUAAAAAUCAUCAUCAUCAUAAUGAUGAGGAAAAAAAAUGGAAAGGUUUUUUAUUUUAAAAAUAUUUUAAUGAUAAUUAUUAUAAGCAGAAAAUAUUGUCAAUGAUAUUUGACGAUUCGUAAUUAUUAAAACAAUACGCACACAUUUUUUUUUUCAAAUGCGUUUUAUCAAUUUACUGGCAAUAAAUAAAAUUCUUACUCAAUAUAUACGUAAGUUAAAUAAAAAAAAAAGUUGCAAAUAUUAUAACGUACUUAUAAUUUGAAUUAACUUUCAGACAAUUUUUUUUUUUAAAUAAAUUUAAACAAAAACGUAAUAUAAAAUAACUUUGUGAUGUCACAAAUUCGUCCGUUUAAAAACAAAAAAAAAAAAAAAUCUUACCACUAUGAAAAAAUAAGAAUUAUUUAUGAAUAGAUUUUUUUUUCUUUUUUUUUUUCAUUAUAUAUUAUUAGUAUGUACAUAUAUUUCUAAUAUUGAUUAUUAUAUAUAUUUUAAAUGUUAAAGUUUGAAAUUUGUUAAUGGAUUAGUGGUGGACCUUAGGUCUUACGUAAAAAAAAAAAAAAUGUAAAUGUUAUAAACAAAGAAAAAUUGAUGAAAAAUGUCUCUUUUUUUUUCUCGAAAUUAUUAAACUAGUCUAUUUUUAUUUGACUAUUGUUGACGUAAUAGAAGAAGGGCGUUUAUUUGAUGAAUAAUUUGAUAAGAAAAAUUUCGAAAUUUUAGAUUUCGAAAAUUUUAUUCGAAACAAGUCUGCCUGAUAUUACGGCAAUGAUGUAAAUUAGCAAUUGGUAUAAUUAGUAAACCUUAAUUUAAAAAAAAAUAAAUUUUAUCAUUGUUUAAUUGUCCUAGUUAAUUUAAAGAGAUAAAAAAUUUGAAAUUUUAAUUAGCAAGUGUUAGAGACACCGUCCUCCAAUUUAACUUGUUUUUUUUUUUUUUUUUCUUUUAAUUUAUUCAAAACAAUUGUUUGUUUUUCUUUGCGCAUAGACCAAAUGACUAUUGUUUUUUAAUUCUGUACAUACUAUUUUUUUUUUUUAGUAAAAAUUACGGUCUAACAAUUGACAUUUUUUUAUUGAUGUGAUGACGUAGAAAAGCAAUAGUAAAAUCUUUUUAGAAAAUUAAAAAAAAAAGGAUAUAUUUAAAUAAUUGUCACCCAUUGUACAAAAUAUUAUUUUUCAUUUGUACAUGAAUAAUUCAAGUGUAUUUGUUGUUUAAAUUUUUAAGUAGACAGGUGAUACUGGACGAUGAAACUUUUGUCCUUCACUUUCACCUGUCACUUUCUACAAAAUUUAAAAAAUUGUUUUUAAAUAUCUCAUUUUUUAUCUCUUCUUUAGAAACAUUAUUAAAUUUUUUUUUCUUCUUUUUUUUCAUUUAUUGUACCGUUUAAGUAAACGCAUCGUUCCG